AUGCAGUGGUGCAGGCGGCAGGGCGGGCACGAGUUGAGCGAAGAGUACUUGCGAGCGCGGCCUACAUUCCGAGACGCCUCGUCUUCGCGCCACGCGAGCGGACAGUACGCCUCCCCCCCGCCCGUCUACGCGUUGCCCUCUGCGCGGUCUCCGUGGCUCGCGAAGGAGGGCGGUGCGGCGCCUGCAGGCGCGGGGGCCUCUUCGCUCAGCUCGCCAGGGGCGGGCUCCUGGCCGCUCAAGCCGCACGCGUACUCCUACGCAGACAUCCAAGAGGCCAUGGAGAGUCCCGUGGGCGUCCUGCGGAUCUCGCCUCCGCAGCUGAAGCCGCCCGGCACCGGGGACGACGACGACGAUCGGUCCAGCGCCACACUCCCCAAAGGCGCGGAAACGCUCUUCUGGUCGAGGGGACGCGGACUCUACUUCUUGCGGGAAACCGACAGAAACAAGGGAGAAGACCUCGAGGGCGAAGCUGGAUUCUGGGUCGCCGCCAGUGAAGAGGAAUACGGAGGAUAUGUGAUCCACCGGAAGUUCAGCGUCGCGAAGUUUGGGUUCGAGCGGGCAAAGAUGGUCGCGUUCCGCUGGUACAACGACCGCCACGAGUUUCGACGAGGACCGCUUGGACGCUCCAGAAACCGAGCCUCGCCUGAAGGCGCGGGCGCGGACAGGGAUCUUCCUCCGCGAGAAGCUCCGUUGGGCUCUUCUUUUUUCAGGUGGGACUCGGGGCGAUCCUCGCGUGUGGGUGGAGACGUCGGCGACAAGGCGGCAGUCGACGAGUCGAAGCCCGCGGGCGUCGAGAACCCGCGCCCCAAGGCCCGGCUGAUGGACACCAGUUGCCCCGUGCCCGGCGUGCGCUACGACUCCCGCGAUCGCGCGUGGCUGGCGACUUGGCACGAUGGGAUUCGGCAGUACAAGCGUUGCUUCAGCAUCAAGAAAUACGGGUUCGUGAAGGCCAAGGAGCUCGCGGUGCGCAUGAAGAUGAGUCUGAACGCCCAGAUGGGGACUCCUGCUCCGCCGGGUUCUGCGGCUUCGCAGGCCUCUCCUGCGGGGCCGUUUCCUUCGGCGUUCCGCGCGCAUUUUCUGCCGAGGGGCGCGCCGCCGUCGCGCCACGACUCGGCGCGCGGAGACACCGUGGCGGCGCCGGAGUGGCCGCGACCGCGGUCCGCGAGUGCUCUACCCGCGCCUUCGACUUUCGCCUCGCCGUCGGCGACGUCGGCGACGCAGGGCGCGCGCGACGACGACUGCGGGGGUUUUGGGCGCGACGAGGAGGGCGAGAGGCCCUCGGGGCGUCAGGGAUCGCUCUCUGCGUGUUUCACGUCGCUCAUCCGGAGCCUUGCGGGGGGGGAUCGAGGCGAGGCGGCGGCUGCCGGCGGGACUCGCGGACCUUUCGCCGGCGUAGACCGACGAGACGAGAAGGAGCGGCGAGGCUGCGAGGGCGGCGGCAGACUGUCUUACCGCAGCGUCGUGGAGAAUUUGCUGGCGAGCUUGUCGGAGGGCGGCGGCGGCUCGAGUCGCGGCCACCACCUCCUUCAAGGCGAGGACGGGGCGCUGGUGCGGAAGCAGCUGAUCGAGUUGCAGAGUCAGCUGGUGCGGCAGCUGUGGCGGGGCGGCCCGCGCGGCGGAAACGGGGCCCGUUUGCCAGCGUCGCCACUCCUCGGCAGCCGCGACGACGAGCUCGCCGCGGCGGCGCUUGACCUUGCGGAGAGACGCCACGGCGAGCGCGACCUCGUCGCCGGCAGGGGCGGCGGCCUCGGAGAGAGAGAGAGACACCAGGGCGACCGCGGCGGCGGCCGCCGCAAGGGCGAGACCGCCCCCGACGCGGAGAGCGGCGUGAACAAGAACGGGCGAGGGUUUGCCUCCCGAGGGGGUGCAGCCGACGCGCUGCUCGCGGAGCUCUCCAGCCCCCGUGCCGCCGAGGAGGUUGAGAGUUUCCUGCGGUCCCUGUCGAGUCAGUCACGGGAUUCGCUGCUGGACUCGCUGCGGCGCGGAGGCGCCGGCGAAGAACGCGAGCAGCGCCUCUCGGGGUGGACUGACGCCUGGAGAGCCUUCCUCGCGGCGCGGCGCAGCGGCGGCUCUUCUUCCGCCGCGGCAGAAGACCGCGAGGCGAAGGAGGCCGCGGCGGGGGGAGGGGGCUCGAAGCGCAGCUUUGCGGGCGCAGCGUUUGGCUGCGAAGACCGCAGGGAGCCGCGCGGCGACGCGGUUUCACCCAUUCUCGCGCCCUUCGGUCUCGACGAGCGCAACGGGGCGGAGGAACUGCGGGCAGCCGCUGCGCAGCGGCGUGAGCAGCGCCUCCUCGCGGACGGCGUGGAGAAGGAGACCGCGGGCGGCGAGGAGUGGCUCCCUCGCAGAGCCAAGGAGGAGUCGUUCUGGGGCGGCGCGGCGGGGCUGGGCAGCAGCGAGCAGAAAGGGGGCGGCGACGGCCUGGAGGCCGUCUCCCAGUCGGCGAAUGCCUCGGGGGGCGGUCUGGGGUCUCUCACGCCCUCGAGGCCAGCGUCGACGGGCGGUGAAGAGAAGGCGGCGGGCCCCCAGGACGACGCUCGAGGAGUCCGGCGAUUCGCCGGCGACGAGGCUCUCGAUAGAGACGACGAUAUGGGCGCCGACGCCUACGCGUCCUUCACGCAACUCACCAAGCGGGAGUGGGAACUCCUCGACUACCUGGACACCCUCGACUUCGAAACUGCCGACCUCGACGCCGUCAUGCCGCUCAUCAACCAAGUCCCGAAAGUCCGAGGUGUUUGCUUCGAUCGAAAGGGGCUCUACUGGAUCAGUCAGUGGCAUUCGCAGCAGAAGAAACACCGCGAGUGGUUUGGCGUCAAGCGCCUCGGAUUUCGCAAGGCCUGGGCGCUCGCCGUGUGCGUUCGCCGCGACGCGGAGAAAGUCGAAGACGAGCCGAUCGACUACCCGCGAAUUCCGGACUACGAGGAAGUACUGGGCGUGACCUACGCGCGCGGGCCCUCGGGGCGCUACUGGGUGGCGCACUUUGCGAAGACGCUGCCUGCCGCGUCGCCGUACUACCUGGGGAGCGUCGGGCGGAAGCUUUUUCCGGUCUCGGAGUCGAGUUUCGAAGAGGCCCGGCGGCAGGCUGCGCGGCUGGUCGCGCAGGCGCCGCUGCCGCGCGCGUUCUUCCUCGAUCCUGACCGCCGUACGACCUCGGCCUUCGAGUCCUCGCGCGCGGGCGAAUGCGCGCUCCCGACGACAGCCGCCGACCGGCAGUUCGUGUCGCGGAAGCGCCUCUUCAACGUCUUCACGUGGCUCAACGGCGGCGCCUCGUGGACGAACGUCCGCCGGUGGGCGCACGCCAAGCGCAUGCAACUCGCCGAAGAAGACUGGCCGGUUCAGUUCCCCCACAGCGGCAAGCUGACCGCAGACGCCUGCGGAGAAGGCGAGCGCGGCGACGCGGACGCGAGGAGCUUUGCGGGUGACGAAGGCGUCAAAAAGGAACACGGCUCAUCGGCGCGCCCGGACUGGUUGUUCGCCCCGGGCGCGAUCGGCGCGGAGAAUUUCUCGCCGUCUUCGGUGAGCGUCCCCAGCGGCGCGGUGGCCUCCGCGUCGAGUGUGACGCCGGCAGGCUCGCAGAAGCCGUUGCCGCUGUGUCACCCCGAGGAGACUUCGCAGUCGACGAAUCGCGAAGCGACUGAGGAGGGCGAGACGGUGAGUCCGGCUGAGAGUGUGCGUGGCGACGCGCGAGGAUUGGACGAGGAUCUGGGCGCUGGCGGCGCGGCUGGCAGCCGAGAAGGCACCGCGAAGGCCCGCGAGAAAGACGAAGGCGGAGGGGCGCUGCGUUCGGACAGGGAGGGAGGCGGUGUCGGCGCGGCAGGCGCGGCUCCGCUGGCGGGCGCGCGCGCAGGCUGCGAGGAAGAGGGGGCGGAAGAGCCGCUGUCGCCGAUCGACAUCGACUCGAUCGUCGCGGACGCCUACGAGAGCUUUUCGGACGAGGACGCCGCCGAGGCAGACGGGCUCGGCGGAGCAGGCAAGCAGAGCAGACGCAUUCGACUCCCCAAAAUUGGUGGCGUCUACUACAAGCGCGACGGCAACUACAAGGCGUGGGCUGCCAGCUGGCACAUACAGGGCAAGCGAACCCGCAGAUACUUCACCGUAAAGAAACACGGAUUCAUGAACGCGUACCUGAAGGCCGUGCGCGCGCGUCGCGAGGCCGAGCGGCACGAGGGCAUCAGCGUGAAGCAUCGCCACCACGCGUUGGUGGCUGGCGGCGGAGGCCAGGCAGCAGGCACCGCGUCGGGUGGCGCGGCGGCGCUGCCGGGAGACGACGACGCGCGGGGGGGGUUGCUCCGGUCGGCCUCGCUCGCGUCGUCGGCGGCCGGCUUCCCGCACGCCAUUGCGCGGUUGCUGCGAGACCGCGUGCAAGCGAACUUUUGGGGUCCGACGCCCAAAGGCGACGAGGACGCCGCCGACCGCCCCGGGGGGCACGGUGAGAAGGCGUGGCUGGGCGCCGCGGCGAACGGCUCCCCUCGCGGCGCCGAGGCGUACGCGCCCUCCGCGGUGAGGCGCGACGGAGGGGCCGCCGCGGAUGCGGGGGUCCCGCAUGCAGAGAAGUCUGGGCGGGGAGGCGACAGUGCGCGCGAGGCGGGCUUGCCUCCGCGUCGCGCAGGCGAAGAAGAGGCGCCGGGAGACGGCGAGGAGGACGGCCGCGGCGCGGCGGCGUUGCGGGUCGGAGGAAAUCUCCGCGGCGAGGCGCUGCUGCACUCCACUGCGCAGGUGUCUGUCCACCUCACCCCGCUGGAGCGCGUCGCGAAGGCUAUCGACAUCGACCUCGAGGAGCUGACCGACCGCAUCUGUCGGGCUGCGCGCGGGCGAGACGACGGCGAAGAGGAUGCCCUUUUCCGCAGCAGCAGUCGCGGCGUUGACGAAGACGAGGAAGACGAGCGAGCGUCUCACGACGACGCUCUCGCGCGACGACUCGAUGAGAAGGCUGCAUCCGCACACUCGGGGGUCUCCAAAAGCCUCGAAUUCGCCAUGGCCAGAGAAACCCUGGACGUCCUGCUCUCAGACCUGUACAGCGUGGUGUCAAAGCUGAGUGGAGCGGGGCGGUGGGUGGCGCUUGCGUCGCCCGCCAGCGCGUCUUCGGGGGAGCCGCUCACGGGGUCGUGGCUGGGUGAGGCGGGUGAGCAAAGCUCGAAGCGCGGCCGAGCAGAGGCCGACCUCGGCGGCGUCCGCGAGCGCGAGUCGGAGAGUGUGUCUCUGUGUGGAGAGGAGGUCGGCCCCUCGUCGACUUCGGAGCUCCACGUGAUUCUGCAGCUGGUAGUCAUCAAGCACUACCUGUCGAGCGUCCGCGUGGCGACCAAGGGCGAGCAGAUCGCGCCGCUGCUCGCGCUGUUUGAGCCUUGCAUCAAGCAGGGCUUGCUGCCACACCAGUGCUGCGUCUCGCGACUGCGUUGGCUGGUCUGCCAGCUCUGUCGGGCGUCGAUUCCGUGGCUGGACGAGAGGAACGUGCUUACCGAUGCCCUCCUCUACCGCCGCCUGGAGGAGCUCGCCGCCGAGGACGGCGACAGCGGCGGAGACGACGCAGACCUCGACGACGGCGCGCCUGCGCCCGCAGGCCUCAUCACGUUUUCCUCUGGCUUCGGCGACGGCGCUGGAGGCUCGAGAGGAGGUGGGGAGGCGCGCGUGGGUGACGCCCUUGCGCGGAAGUCGCGGCAAGCGGCGCUCGCGCUCAGCUUCCGCACAGACUCCGAGGAGGAAGCGAGCCCAGGCGAGGCGGACGACACCUGCCUGGCUGCGCUGAUCGAAGGCGGGCUGACGAAAGACGCGGAACCGAAUGGAGGCGAGACGCGCCGCGACGCCGAGAAAUCCGACGGCGUCUGCAGCGGUCUGCAGUGCGAAACGGGUGAGCCCCAGGGAGGUUUAAGCGAGAACGACGGCAGCGAGGUGCUGAGGUGCGCGCGUCAAAAGCUGGGCAGCGCGGCUCCCGCCGAGGACGCCUCCGGGUCCACGCAGAGCGCGAAGCCAGCAGGCAGAGGCAGAGUGCAGUGCGAAGAGGGGAAGGAGCAAGCGUGCUGUCUGCUGCUUUCCGCGUCGACAGCGCCGUCCAGUGCCGAGACCGCGGGGAAACUCAAGAACGCAACUCCCAGAGAGCGAUCCACAGAGCCCAAAGGCCGCGCGGACGACGCGCUGGCGCCCGGCUCGCCGCGGCAGCUCGCAGAGGAGGGCGCAGAGGAGUCUACUCACGGAGCCGAAGCGCGAGACCGCGCCAGUGUAGCCUUCGCGGAUGAGGUGAAGGCGGCAGGGCCGGUGCGGGCACCCGGCGACAGCGCGGAAGGCGAGAUGAAGGAAGGCGCGGCGCAGAGAUGCGUCGCGGCUGCUUUGUCACCUGCGUCCUCGAGUCGCGGCGCCAACGGAGACAUCUGUGCGGCGGCAGGCCUGGGCGCGUGCGAGCCUGGAGAAGAGGCUGGGGUGUCCAGCAGUCUCCUCGCGUCGCGCUGCGGAACGCCGGCGCCCGUCUCGGCUGCGACGCCCUCGGGUCGGUCGACGGUUUCGAGCGACGUGCCGGCCUAG